UGCCAGCUGAAGCGUCAGGAUGGUUUCGCUGCAGGCAGCCUGUGCCCUCUACAAUGUCCUCACACUUUUUACUACUUUCACAGAAGCUAUGAAAAGCAUCAGAGCAGCCAGUGGAAGCUCUGUCCACCUCCCCUGCCCUUUACCCUACAAUGACGCUGACAUUGUUGCAGCUAACUGGACGAAGGAUGGCAGCUCCAACACUCUGUGCAUCUACCGUAUGGAAGGAAGAGCCCGUCCCAAUAUCGUAUCCUGUAAAUCUCGUGUAAAUCUAACAGGACACCCUCCUGAGCUGUAUCUAACAAAGCUCAAGAUAAGUGAUGCUGGGAUUUAUACCUGUAAAAUGUCUAGAAUCGUACCCCCACCAACAGAGGAAACCAUCUUCAAGAUGCGACUAUAUGUUGAAGGUUCACCAGUUGUCUCCAUAAAACAGGUGGAGAGCAACCAAUCAGGCUGCCAAUGGCUACUGUGUCAGCUGGAGUGGCUGAACCCGGCAGAGGUGAACUUCACCUGGAGCAGAGAGGGACAGAGGAUUCCCAGUAACAGAUCUGCCGGUUCCCUGCACCUCUGUAAAUCAGACUGGAAUGAGGGGGAAACCUUCACCUGCACCAUCAGCUUCAAUAACACACACCUCAGUAACAGCAUCACCCUCAAUGGCACAAACGGAGGUAAGUGA